UUGAAUAAAUCCACCUCAUAUUUUAGCUCACAUACUCGAGUAAUUCCCCUUUUCAGUGCAUUACAACUGAGCAAUUUCUCCAAGACAAAGGAUGAUGUAAUCAAAAGCUAUGCACAGACAAACGAAAAUGCACUGCUUAAAGACAACAACCAAUGUGGAAGCUGGAGAUUUGAAGAACUAAAGUUGCAAGCUGGACUGAAAUACGCUCAGCCACAUGCUGAGAAAGGACGCACUGAUGUCAACUCAGUGACAAACUGGAAUGUCCCACUGGUCUGGGAGGGAACUUUUGACCCAGUCGUAAUUGAUGCAAUCUAUAAAACAAUGGAUCCAAGAGUUGCUGUGAUUGUUUUCGCCAUUGGCAAAUAUACUCAGUUCCUACAGGCCUUCUUGGAGUCAGGUGAAAAAUAUUUUUUGGUUGACUUCAGGGUCACAUAUUAUAUCUUCACAGACCACAAAGAAAACGUUCCUCAAGUUAAACUGGGCCGCAGUCGGAAUAUCUCCGUGAUCACUGUCCCGAGCGCUAAACGUUGGCAGGAAGUGGUGUUUGGUAGGAUGAAGUGGGCAACCAUUGCCAUUGAAACUCAGAUCGUGAACGAGGCUGACUAUGUUUUCAUGAUGGACAUUGAUAGUGUCUUCCACAACCGCUUUGGAGCUGAGUCCCUCAGCAGACUCUCUGCUGUGUUGCAUCGCAUCUAUUACAAGAACACCCAUCGGGACCGUUUUCCGUAUGAGCGUCGUCCCGAAUCCACAGCCCACAUUCCUGCUGGCGAAGGAGAUUACUAUUACACUGCGGCUGUCUGGGGUGGCUACGUGGAGGACAUGUACAAGCUAGUCAAGCAAUGUUACACUCAAGCAGAGGAGGAUUCCAAGAACAAUAUUGAGGCUGUGUGGCAAGAAGAGAGUCACCUCAACAAGUAUCUGCUGCACAACAAGCCCGCCAAGGUGCUGUCUCCAGAGUACCUGUGGUCCGACUACAAUGCGGUACAAGCAGACAUCAAAGUGGUCAGGAUCUCCCAACUGGUCAAGGACUAUGCAAAAGUGCGGCCCAAUCGAGGACACUGAUGUCAAGUGUCAAGCUAAAGAGGGACGGCUGGCUGAUGUGCGAAUACGAAGCAUUAUUUCUGAACCCAAUGUCUGUCAUAUGAAGUGGGCAUUAUGAAGCUUGGCAACACCAAUGUACAACCAUGUAAAUGUGGUCGCCUGCCUCGACUCAGCAAGACAGACAUGUUGGACUG